UUCGUCAACAAUUGUUUAGUUUAUGUUUGACACCUAUGGCAUCCGAAUGGAUUAAGUACGGCUGAUUCAACUGCUCUCUCAGCAACUUUCUCCCAUCCUUCGUCAGAAAAUCCAAGAAAUCCCAACCAAUCACCGCUCCGCUGCGACACAAUUCCUGAAAUGCUCGCCAGGCCGCCAACUUCCGCAUUUGGCCUCCCCAGAUAAGAAAUGCUACUACGGCGAUGCUCGCCAGGAUCAUCUUCUGCGUGGUCGUCGCCGCCGCCGUCCUCGCCGUCGUCCUCCUCGCCACCGUCUCCCCGCUCCCGCACCGGGCCGGCGGCGGCCGCAGGGGCGCUCCGGGCACGCGCACCUUCACGGUCUACGUCCACCCGACGGUACCGGCACCCGUGCAAGCGCAGCAGCAAGGCCGAGAAGCGGUGCGGCGAGGAGAGGCGAGCGCGCUGGUCUUCCACCACCGGAUGACGGCGGGGCCGGAGAGCACGUCGAGGACCGUCGGCGCGGCCUCGGGGUUCCUGCUUCCGGCCGGCGAUCGGGGCGCGGCGGCGACGGUGUCGGUGUUCGACACAGUGCACCUGGCGUUCGACGGCGCCGCCGGGCUGUCCGGCAGCCUCUGCGUCGAGGCGAGCAACCGGAGGCCGGGGAAGCGCGGGCGCGGCGCGGAGGACAAGGAGGUUCUGCGAGUGGUGGGCGGCACGGGAGCGUUCGCGUUCGCGCGCGGGCACGCCGUCCUGCGGCGGCAGCGGCCCGGCCCUGGCGCCACGGCGGCGGCGCUGCUUCUUGAGCUCAGCGUUUCCUCUGCUGGGAGUUAAGUCUGCGAAGUGUGAGCGAUCGUUCAAUAAACAGAAAGUGUGGGCGAUCGAUAUGUUGAUCCAAGUUUUGUCUUACUUUUGAUUUUGUGAUUUGAAUUCACGACGUAUUUUCCCAUAAA